UUCCAUUUUAUACGUCUUCCUUUAUAAAUCAUUCCAGCUCUUCUUCCUUUCGCCAGACACCCAUUUCGGCGCACAAGCAUGGCCAACUGGCCGAAGCUCUCAUCUCCCCAUCCUGCGAUAGAACUUAGCGACCUAACAGCCGCUUCCGUUCUCGGCCGCGGGGGUAACGGCAUCGUCUUCUUCGUCCGCCACCUCUCCUCCGGCAGAACUCUAGCACUCAAAUGCAUAUCGAAACCUUCACGCGAUGGCGAUUAUCGAAGAAUCUGGUUCGAGCGAGACGUUCUCCUCGCACUUCAACAUCCCCUCCUCCCCUCUCUCCGUGGAAUCGUCUCCACCGACAAACUCGUCGGCUUUGCCAUGGAUUACUGCCCUGGCGGCGAUCUGAACACUGUGCGCCGCUGCCAAGCAGAGAAGAUGUUCUCGCAGGAGAUGAUACGCUUCUAUGCCGUGGAAAUGGUGAUCGCCGUAGAGCAUCUUCACACUUUGGGGAUAAUUUACCGAGAUCUCAAACCGGAAAACAUUUUGAUUCAGGAGAACGGACACAUAAUGCUUCUCGAUUUCGACCUAUCUACCAAACUUCCAACCUCCCCUUCAUCCCCGAAAUCCCAUUUCACCCGAUCCAAAACCCUCCUCUCCAAAACUAAACCAAACAAUCUAUUGCCUCUGUUCCGAUGCUUCUCCUGCCACCACGCCGGCGUUUCGCCGGACCUUGCCGCUGGCGAAAACCUACUUCCGUCUCCGAAAAAAUCAAAAUCGUUCGUCGGUACAGAGGAAUAUGUUGCGCCGGAGAUCAUUAUUGGAAAGGGCCAUGACUUUGCCGUGGACUGGUGGGGCCUCGGCGUUGUGUUAUACGAGAUGCUGUAUGGAAGAACACCGUUUCGAGGGCAAAAUCGGAAGGAGACUUUCCGCCGAAUCUUGACUAAGCCGCCGGAGCUCGUCGGCAAACAGACAGCGCUAAUGGAUCUGAUCGGAAAGAUGCUGGUAAAUGAUCCGUCUAAGAGAAUCACUUGCGACGAGAUUAAGCGGCACGAGUUUUUCAGAGGAGUUGAUUGGGAUUUGGUGGUUGAUAUUGCGCGACCACCAUAUAUUCCGAUGGGGAAGAAGUGGGAGGAAGUGAGCGAGGGUUUGGAUGUGGAGAAGAUUGUUGAGGAGGUCUCUGGAGGAAAAGCGCGUGCGGCGACGAGGAAUGCGGGGUCGGUGGUGAGAAA